AUGCUUAUUAGAUUUAGAUCUAAAAAUGGUAUUCACAGAGUCUCUUGCCAAGAAAACGAUCUUUUUGGAACAGUUGUUCAAAAGUUGCUGGGUAAUCUAGACUCCAAUGCGGAUGUCGAUACAUUCACAGUUUGUGAGAAACCCAACCAAGAUAUCCAUACAGUUUCUGAACUAGCUAAUCGGACAGUGGCAAAUUUAGGGUUAAAACAUGGUGACAUGCUGUUACUUAACUAUUCGAACAAGCCCAUUAAUGAGACGGAUGAUGUGGUUGUUGGAAGCGGAUCCGUAGACAUAGGAAGCAGGAGCAACAGGCAACACGGAUGUGGCCCUCUAAAAGUCAAAGAACUUGAUGUAGAUGAGGAACUGGAGAAGGAGAAUGGCCUAAUUCCUCGCAAAAAAUCCAAACUUUGCAAGCAUGGUGAUAGAGGUAUGUGCGAAUACUGUUCACCUUUACCUCCUUGGGAUAAAGAAUACCAUGAAAAAAAUAAAAUCAAACAUAUAUCAUUUCACUCAUAUCUGAAGAAAUUAAAUGAGAAUGCUAAUAAGAAAGAGAACGGCAGUUCUUACAUUGCCCCGCUCUCGGAACCAGAUUUCAGAAUUAAUAAGCGCUGUCACAAUGGCCAUGAACCAUGGCCUCGAGGAAUAUGUUCUAAAUGCCAGCCAUCAGCAAUCACUUUACAGCAGCAAGAAUUUAGAAUGGUAGAUCAUGUCGAAUUCCAAAAAAGUGAUAUCAUCAAUGAAUUUAUUCAGGCGUGGAGGUACACAGGCAUGCAAAGAUUUGGCUAUAUGUACGGAUCUUAUUCCAAAUACGAUAACACUCCACUAGGUAUAAAGGCCGUUGUAGAGGCGAUAUAUGAGCCCCCUCAACAUGAUGAGCAAGAUGGGUUGACCAUGGACGUUGAACAGGUUAAAAAUGAGAUGUUACAGAUUGAUACGCAAGCCCGAGAAAUGGGGCUUUCGCGUAUUGGGCUAAUAUUUACAGACCUAUCUGACGCAGGAGCUGGAAAUGGAUCUGUUUUUUGUAAAAGACAUAAGGAUUCAUUUUUCCUUUCAUCACUAGAAGUUAUCAUGGCCGCUAGGCAUCAAUCCAGGCAUCCUAAUAUAAGCAAGUAUAGCGAACAAGGAGUUUUUUCUUCCAAGUUUGUCACUUGUGUCAUAUCUGGAAAUUUGGAAGGGGAGAUCGACAUUUCGAGUUAUCAGGUGUCCACAGAUGCUGAGGCGUUGGUAACUGCGGAUAUGAUCAGUGGAUCCACAUUUCCUUCAAUGGCAUAUAUCAAUGACACUACCGAUGAAAGGUAUGUACCUGAAAUAUUUUAUAUGAAGUCAAACGAAUAUGGCAUAACAGUAAAGGAGAAUGCUAAACCUGCAUUUCCGGUAGAUUACCUCUUAGUGACACUGACUCAUGGCUUUCCUAAUGACGAUGCGGAAAGCAAUACCAAAUUCAUUACAUCCACCGGAUUUCCAUGGAGCAAUCGACAAGCUGUUGGACAAUCGCAAGAUUAUCAAGAACUAAAGAAGUAUCUAUAUCAUGCAGCUUCAAGCGGGGAUUUCAAUCUUUUGCAUGAAAAGAUCUCGAACUUCCACUUGCUACUAUAUAUAAACACCCUGCAAAUACUUUCAUCAGACGAAUGGAAACUCUUGGUAGAGUCUGCUGUGAAAGCUGAAUGGGAAGAAUCGCUAUUAAAACUUGUCUCCUCAGCCGGUUGGCAAACGUUAGUAAUGAUCCUUCAGGAAAGCGGCUAA